GGAAUAGGAUUCAUCGAAUCCCGCUGCAUUAUAUUAAGUGUAAAGAAGCAUCGGAUCGGACACGGAUGGAAGUUUACGCGAACCGAAAAUACGCUGACAAAGAUACUUUUGACUCCAUUGAGAUGGCGUCACAGAAGGAACCUCAAUACGUUAGAUUGCAGGAUCACCCAAUAGAAUCGCAGCCAGGACCAGCCAGGCCUUAUGUAGUUCCUGUGAAUAUGGUCAACACUGUCCAAGAUGCUGACCUUUCCUAUCCAACCAACUUCUCGGAGGCCAGUUUUGACCCUGCAUCCAGGAGCAUUCUGCAAUCGACAUACAGAACCCACUACAGCCACAGAGACCUCAACAGGGUUGUCCUCCAGCAUGGUGCCGUUCUGCAGCAGAACUCCCUUGAUUCAUUUGCAUCACUUCACGAUCGUCUAUCUUAUGACCAACUGCUCCAAGGCUUGUUGUUCCAAGGAGAGAAAGUCCUGAAUGAGAACCGUUGGUUGUAUUACUCCUGUGUGGAGUUCCGGGAUGAAAAGGGCACCGACGUAGUCCUUCCGCCAAUGACCAAUGGAAAAGCUUGCCUAACUGAUCAACGGCUGCUACUCUUAUCUGCUGAGAGAGGAAUGAAUGCUGGUUUCUCCAUGUUUGGAAACCCAAAGAAGACCCCAGGUGGUUACCAUGUGGAGACCUUGUUGACAGACACUGUACACUAUAAGCCGAUCCCACUCAGCUGCUUUUACAGCGUCGAGCUGCAUAUCGCGUCUGGCUCGAAAAGUGAAGUGAACAUCCAUGCUAAACCACCAUGGUGUUGUGGAUUGUUUGGCAGAUGCUGCACAGGUAAUUGGACCAAACAGUGGAGCUCAGACACUGUCAUUUCGUCUGCCUACAACCAGCGUGAGAUCACUUUAGGCGUCACCCUUCCUCCCUGGGGUAUGAGGGCCUUCAUUCGGAUCCACUUGAACCCGAACAUGCCGCUUGCUGUUGCCAGGGACUUCGUUUCCUGCUUACAGUGUUUUUCAAGGAAUCUUCACUAGAAACUUUGAGAAAUCAAGCAGUUGCCACUUAGGUUUGGCACUGCGAUGAACCGUGGGUGACUGGAAUGUGCAAGACUCUGAAGAUCCCCACAUGGACUGAUAUGCCAACGGAAGGCACUUUUAUGCAAUCAAGUGAACAGAGAGCUCAUCUCAGUAAAGGUUCCCAUUUUGUUAUACUUGAAUCGGCACCACAAUUGGCAGACGUUGAAACAAAAUUUCCAGAUUCUAUAUCCGGUUGCGCCAACGUAACUAGAUAAAAAUCGGGAAAUUAUGAUCCAACCUGUCGGUCACAACGCUGAUCCAAAGUCCUCAAAGGAGUAUUGGCCAGGCCUGGUAUUAAAUGCCAGUGUGAAAUGAAAUACCUAUGUACUUAACUGUGUACUGAGUAGUGGAUGCAACUGCAGCCAGUAUACAAUGUAUUGUAGUUGACCAACAGAGCUGUAGCCAUUCAGGGAUCAAAAUCCAGCCCUAUUUGGUAGCACAUGCGACCACAUGUCCUCACACAUUUGAAGUUGUGGGCAACCUGCUUGAAUGUGCUCCUAAAAUAGGCUUUUCUGAAAGUGAAAUUUGAUUCCUGCCAAUCUCGUCGUUUGUGCGGAUUGAAUUUGAAGUCGCUGCAUAUGUGUGUAUUCAAGAAAACUGUUUCUCCCCAAAAUCAGACUGCUUACUGGUGUAUAUCAAAGAUAUUUCUUUCUGACCUUUGUUUUGAGUCUAAACUGACUGCCAACAUGUUACACAGUAAAAAAAUAUCCCUCCAGAAGUUCAGUGUCCAGUAUAGCAAAGGAAGACAGGAUCUAGGCUCCAUUCUCAGUAUCAGGAAUGUAAUUUAACAGGAGCAGAAUUAAGAGUGUCAAAUUUAGCUUGCUUGCUUAUUAUUCUGUAAGAAAUGGAACCGGCUCCGACACAACCAUCUUGAUGCUCAAGCUUUGUAUCCACUCCACCAUCCCGGAGUCCGUUUCACCAAUGAGGGGAGGUAACGGACAGAGUACCCACAAUGGUUCAGAAAGUGACAAAACGGGGCCUUACUCCAACACAACCUCAAAGUCACACAGGCUACAGAGUGCUGUCUUCAGUUUAAAAACUGUCAUCGGGUUAUUUUCCAAUAAUCAAGUGAACAUUCGAAUUGUCAGUGACAGUAUGAUGUUCUCAGCCAGAGACCCUUUCAUCACUCGUACUCACCAGGACCCGAAUGUGACAUAUGACAGUCUCACAUUCAGGUCCUGGUGAGUACCAGGAGUAGCUGUUAUCUUCAGACAGUUUAGUUGAUCACAGACCAAGACAAACAAAAGAAAUGGACAGUCAUUUGCCUUUAUCUCUCUCUACUGUUGAUUUAUACAGUACCAAAAACUCUAGCCUAUAGAAAAAUAACAACAGCUUCAAAAUACAUCCUUGCGCUAGCAAACUACAAAACUACUGCAGUGUCAGAAAAAUAUAUUUACAUUUUCAGCCAGAAAGAUAAAACCUGGCAAAUUAGCAAAGACAAUAUAAGUUUAUGAAAAAGUGUGGCCUAGUUCUCGGGGCAGGAACAGUAACAUCCUUAAAACAACCCCAAAGAUCAUUUACAUUAUAUCAUGAGAGUUACUGUUGGGUACAAUUCAUAAGUCAGCAUCUGCUCUGUUUUGUGCCAAAUUUAUAUUGAACAGAGGUUUACUUCUCUUGAUGUUUGUAUAUCUUUAUUGCCUUGGAAAUAUCUGAAGAUGAAAUGACAUUUUAACUUUCCAAUUAAACAAUUUUAAAGGUGUAAUAUUUUUGGGUGUGUCCAUUUCUUAUUGUUUUCCAUCAUUGUUUAGAAAAGCCGAAAGACGUAUUGACAUGUUUUUCCAGGUUAUUCCCCCAAAGAAAAAGUCGUGGUCUCUCCAGGUGUCUAUUUUGAAGAUUAGGGGAGCAACCCAAAAUGUUACACUUGAAUUAAUGAAACUGAAGAUUGGAACCUGUAGCUGGUCAUGGUAAAUCCACAGCUGUGGAUCUCUACUGGAAUGAAUUAGUUUUAAACCAUGGUACAUAUGCCACUGGAUCAAGUAACGUACCCAAAUUAUGGUUGGCCUGUAUGUGUAUUUUUACAUAAAUACAGAAAUAACGUGAAACAUCACUUAAGACUGACUGAGAAUAGUAUUUCUGUUAUCAGUGAAUGAUUGUUGAUAGUUCAAGGAAGCUGAUGAAAUAUUCAGUUUUUCCUUGAUAACUAGAAUAUCACAGUUACAAUCAUGUUAACUACAAUGCCCAAUAGUGAAAUUGAAUCAAUCGGACAAAAAAAAUGGCACUACCUAACACAUUUAUACACCUUAUAUUCCUUUAUAACAAGUCACCGGUACAUAUUAAAUAGAUGUACCCUUCCUAAAUCAAGUAGGAUGAUAGUAUCAAGGCCUACAUGUACCUGGGUUUUUUUAUAAGAUCUGUUUCUCAAACUACAAUCUUUAUAGUUCUUUAUAAAUGCCAAACACUUCUUGAAUGUCAAAAUAUAAUGCAGAGGUCACCAUGAAUCUGGUACCCCCACUCGUCAAAGAUCACCACUAAUUUAGUGACAAAUUAUGUGGGGAAGGUUGUUUUCUGACCAUCAAAUUAAACUCCUGUCAAUAACAAAAAUAUGCAAUUUUGAAUACCUGCCAAGUUAUUCAACAUUUUUAAUAGAAAGUUAUUGGUACCACGGUACAAGCAGCAAUCAUAAAUGAAUUGAACAAAAACACAAACUAAGUAACCUGCAUGUAAGCAUGAUUUCACCAACUCAAAACAAAAUACAUGCAUCAAGACUUUUUUAAGUAAACGCUUCGCACGCCAAAUAGCUGGACAAAAUUACCACGAAAACAUAUUAACAACAAUGGUACACCCAUGCCA